AAACCAGCAAUGCAAGAGGAAGACGUCGACGAUCUAGAUGAUAUCGUUGACCAAUUCGACGCAAAGAAUACAAUUUCGCCGUCUCAGCCACCUACAUCGACCUCGACUGUCCUUCCUCAGCCCACGUCUGUUCCUUCUUCAUCACGAGCAGACAAUGCACAACCUGCACUUGGUUCAACGGCAGAUACUACCGGUAUACCGUCUGGACAGCUUCCCGAUGAACUCGCGAAGGACCUCGCAGAUGGUAUGGAAGCACUCAUGCGUGAGCUCGCCGAAGGUCAAACCGGUCAAAUCUCAGAGGAAGACAGAAAACGCAAAGAGGCUUGGGAGAAGAUGUUGAUAGAAGGCAUGGAUGGAAUGGUCGACAACGAGUUACUUGGUCGGAACGAGAGGGACAAGCCUAGCACCGAGAACGAGAAUGCUGGUGGUAGUAGUUCGAGCAAGAAGGCUGUUGAUGACUUCCAAGCGAGUAUUUUGCAGGCUAUGGAGAAACUUAAGGAUAGCGAUUCUACUUUACAUACUGAUGCAUCGACCUCAUCUGCUCCUUCCGACGAUCCGCUGGAAGCCAUCUUAAAUCAACUAGGCUCCGGCCUCGACGAAUCAGGUGAAGACAAUGGUGACCUGCAGGAUAUGCUAGAAACGAUGAUGCAGCAGCUUAUGAGCAAAGAGGUCUUAUACGAGCCCUUAAAAGAACUUCAUGACAAGUUCCCUGGAUACCUUUCAGAAAACGACGAAAAGCUAUCUACAGAAGACAAAGAGCGUUUCCGGAAUCAGAUGACUCGAGUAUCCGCAAUCAUGCAAAUAUUUGAAGAUCCGUCAUAUAAAGAGGAUGAUCAGGAGAAGGGUGCGCAAAUCGUUUCAUUGAUGAAUGAGAUGCAAUCCUUUGGAUCUCCGCCGUCCGAGAUUAUGGGCUCUUUACCAGCUGGGCUUGAUUUUGGACCGGAUGGUACACCUAAGCUGCCAGAUGGAUGUACAAUAAUGUAAUCACCGACCGGGUUCUUUCUUCUUGUAUG